GCAAACUUGGCAUAUGAAGAUUAAACUUCAGGUUAGUGAGACUAAAUACACCCAAACUAUUCAAUAUUGAAAUCAUAUUUUACAUCAAUUUUUUUUAUAAAUCUUGAUCUCUUCUAAGUUACAUAAAAUAUUUAUCCUUUUAACGUAAUACAUUUGAUCAAAAUCAUUUUAAAAUAGACUAAAUUAGUUUUUGGUUUGCUAGAAAAUGUUGAUUGGCUGUGGUGGUAGUAAUUUAAGAAAGGAAAGUAACAAACUCACCUUAAAACAAAUUUACAAUGCUGCUAAUAAACUUAUUUUUUUGCAAAAGGCUUUAGAGUGCCCUUAGUAAACUUGAGAAGCACUAUAAAGCCAAAAAAUGGAGUUUAAGAAACGGUGGUAGAAAUGAGGACUCAUGUUUACUUUCUAUAUCAAAACUAUACCUCAGGUUAGUUUUCCAUAUUUUAAAAUAUGUUUUAGUCUUAUAGAUAUAUUAUUUCUUGUUACUAACAGAUUAACAUACAUUUUUAUUUUGUUUUUCUUAUAUAAUGCUAUCAAUUUUGUAGACUUUUGCAUAAACAAAACAUCUAAUCAAAAAUAACAUUAGAAAAGAAAAAAGAAAAAAGAAAAAAGAAAAAAGAAAAAGAGUACUACAAAGACUGAAUAUACAUGGAAAGAAUGAAAAGACUAAAAAAUACUGACCACAAUUAUCUACAAAAGUAAUGUUAACAUUCUAAAUGUAUUUGUGCACGAAAAAUGCUUUCCCUGAAUUUUUAUAUCUAAUUUUUUUAUUGUUUUGGGAAAAAAACAACUUUUUAAUAUUCAUUUUGGUUUUAUAAUUCGCACGGGAGAUAAUACUAAUUGCCAAAAAGUUAAGUUUUAAAAUUGUUUCUUUUUUAAUACAUAAUACAUAGGAGAUUAUUAAAAAGAUGGUCUAACUAAUCUAUCAAAACUCAUUUAAAAACAAACAACAAAUGUAAAACUCCAUAACCGCUAACAAUGUAUUCUCUCUGGAUUUAAAUGUAUGAUGUUUAAGAUUUUACACACAUAUUAAAAAACAAUAAAUAUAUUAUUUUAAUUGUUACUUUUUGGUCAUAUCAAUAAAGUUUCACUACUCAUAAUUUUAUUUUUUAAUUUAUAUUUAAAUUUUUAAAAUAAAUACAUUAAUUAUAUCUCAAAACGUCGUAUAUUUGUAUACAAAAUAAAAAGAUAAAACAAUUCAUUGUUCAAACUGAAAACAUUGAAAGAAGAGCCACCUACGUAAGAAGUGAGCCGACUCAUAGUGUGUAGGGAGCGAACAGAGCCAUCACUGUUCACGACAAUCCAUAGCCGACUCAAUACUCCCAGAAACAAAACUUCAUAAAAAGACAAACUUUAAAGACAGAGAGAGAGAGAGAGAGAGAGCGUGGCCUCUAAUCAACCCAACACCCUCUGUCAGAAAAGCCUGACUUUCUCCUCCGUCCCCAGCGCAUGUUUGUUUCCUCCAUAAAAAAGCAAAACAAAAUCUCACUCCCUAUUAACAAAAGUUUCAACCUUUACUUUACUCCAUACAUAACAACAACAAGAAAGCUCCAACCUUUCUUCAUUCCCACGUUUUAUAAUCCUUCUCCGCCAUGACGACAACGUCUAACACCAACGCGAUGAGACUUCACGGCGUAAUAACGGGGAAUCCUCCUCCGGCAACAGAGCAGCAAGAGCAACUCCCUUGUCCUCGCUGCAACUCGACCAACACGAAGUUCUGUUACUACAACAACUACAACUUCUCCCAGCCCCGUCACUUCUGCAAAUCCUGCCGCCGUUACUGGACUCACGGUGGUACUCUCCGCGACAUUCCAGUCGGCGGCGGCACUCGCAAAGCCGCCAAACGCUCCCGCACUUGCUCAUCCUCCGCCGGAAGCCGCAGCGUUCCGUUGCAAGCGACACCUGUUCUGUUCCCUCAGUCGUCGAUCUCUAACGGCGUUAGCCACACCGUAACCGCUCCUCUUGACGGAAAGGGAAGCGCUUUAUCUCUCAGCGGCAGUUUCACCUCUCUGUUGAACCAAAACGCCACUGCAACGCAUGGAUCCGGGUCGGUUCUCGGAAUCGGACUUGGGUCGGGUUAUGAUGACGUCAGCUUUGGACUCGGAAGGGCGGUGUGGCCGUUUUCAACUGUGGGUGACGCUGGGACGACGAAUGUAGGGAGUAACGGUGGUCAUCAGGGAGUUGUUACGAUACCAGCCACGUGGCAGUUCGAGGGUUUAGAGACCAACAACGCCGGUGGGUUCGUCUCCGGUGAGUACUUUGCGUGGCCUGAUCUCUCCAUCACAACUUCAGGGAACUCUCACAAAUGAUAGAAAGCUUCCGUCUUUUUUUUACCACAGGGUUUCGAUUAGCUUAUGCUUCUCUAAUGGAUUUCGUCAAAUCUUUAGUGAUCUCUUACUCUUUAGAACUUGGUGUACUGAAUGAAAGUAGAAAACAGAGAAAGUUUGUGUUUUUUUGGGACCUAACCUAACGAUCUUUUAACCUUGUUA